AUGACGAGUAGGCCAAAUGGUGUAUGGAAGCUGGCUACUAGCUGUCCGAGGGCCAUUGGUUCUUUUGGAUCCCAUGUACAGUGUAAAAAGUUUUCCACCGGUAUAGUUCUACAGAGUGAAAAGAAGCCAGCUGGAGGUGUUUUUGCGGGAAUAAUGGCAGCAGGUAUGGCUGCUAGAACUUCCAGAGUCCCUGGUGUUAAACCUGCUGCGUCAUUGGAUCAGGCUCUGCUAGGAAGACAAUCAGUUCAAAAAAAUAGAACGGGCGAGAAAAGCCAGCGUGCAAAUGGCUCUGAAUCUGGUGCUGGUGCUGGUGCUGGUGCUGGUGCUGGGUCCGGUCGAAAUGGUGGGGUCAGAGGGGGUUCAAAACCUGGACAAAUGCAAAAUCAAAAACCAAAAACACGUUCUCAGAAUCAAAGAGGUGGUCAAUACAACUCGCAAAAUAUGAAUCAAGCUCGAGGACCCGGUCAGAAUCAGGAUCAAAACCAUAGACAGAGUCAGAACCAAGCUCGAAACCAGGCCCAAUCUCAAGCUCAGGUAAGAUCACAAUCUCAGGCACAAAGCCAUGCGAGAGCCCAGACUCAGGCUCAAGCGCAGAUCCAAGCACAGACACAAGCUCGGUCCAACAAUAGAGGUAACUCACAACCACCAGUUGCACCAAAGCCUAUGGUUGCCAAACCACCUCCUCCAAAAAAGGUCAAGGAAGUAAGCUUUAAAAAGCCAGUUAUUGCGCUACCAAAGUUUGUAACUGUGACCAAUUUUGCUGAUAUUUUGAAGCUGCGGUUCACAGAUCUCCAAAAACGUAUGAAAGCUCUGGGUUUCGAGGAUGUCAACCACGAUUUUAUUAUUGACGAAGAGACAGCACAUCUGAUUGCUGAUGAGCUGGGAUAUGAAGUGGUUAUUAAUGAAAUUCAGGGUGCUGAUUUAUUUGCCGCUCCUUUACCGGAAGAUAUGUCAGGUGUGCCUCUGAGACCACCAAUUGUCACUAUCAUGGGACAUGUGGAUCACGGUAAAACAACUGUCCUGGAUUACCUCAGGAAAUCCUCGGUAGCUGCUUCAGAACAUGGUGGUAUCACACAACAUAUCGGUGCAUUUUCAGUAAAAAUGGUUAAUACAAAACGAGAGAUCUGUUUCUUGGAUACCCCAGGCCACGCUGCAUUCCUUAAUAUGCGUCAAAGGGGUGCCAAUAUUACUGAUAUCGUUAUCCUUAUUGUAGCAGCCGAUGAUUCAGUAAUGCCACAAACCAAAGAAGCCAUUAAACAUGCCAAAGCUGCGAAUGUGCCAGUAAUUGUGGCCAUCAACAAAAUAGAUAGGCCCGAUGCUGAUGCUGAAAAGGUGCUUUCCGACCUGGCAGCAAACGGUGUUGAGAUUGAGGAUUAUGGUGGAGACACGCAAACAGUCCGUGUUUCUGGAAAAACUGGUCAAGGAAUUGACAAAUUAGAGGAGGCUAUUUUGACAUUGUCGGAAGUUUUGGACAUUAGAUCGCCUCCAGAUGGUAAGGUCGAGGGUUGGAUCAUUGAAUCUCAGAUGAAAAAGGGUCUUGGAAGCGUUGCCACUGUACUUGUAAGAAGAGGUACUCUUAAACCAGGAAGCGUCAUUGUCGCUGGUACUAAGUACUGCAAGGUGCGAAUGAUCAAGAAUGACCAAGGUAAAGUUGUGAAAUCUGCUGGUCCAGGAACUCCAGUCGAGGUUCUUGGAUGGAAAGAACUCCCCGAGGCAGGAGACGAGGUUUUAGAGGCGGAGUCAGAGCAGCUUGCAAAACAAGUAGUCGAGAAUAGAAUUGCUAGAGCAGAUCAAAUCAAAGAGUCGCAAGAUAUUUUGGCAAUUAAUGAAAAGAGAAGGCAAAUGCAUCUCAACCAGCUCAAAGAGCAAGAAAGGGAGGAACGAUUGAAACUGGGACUGCCUCUGGAAGAAAAAAUGGCUGAGCAGGAUGCAGAAGCUGCCGAGAAGGGUUCUGAGAAGAUAAACUUUAUCAUCAAAGCUGAUGUCAGUGGCUCUGCCGAGGCUGUUAAGGACAGUAUUGAAGGUCUUGGAAACGAAGAUAUACAGGCCUCUGUUCUUUACAGUGGAGUGGGAGACGUGACAGAAAGUGAUGUGACUCGUGCUCAGACCUCGAACGCAGUUAUCUUAACAUUUAAUGUCAAGGCUCCAAGAGAAGUCAUGGCAGCUGCAUCUAAAGCAAAAGUGGAGCUCAUGUCUCACACAAUUAUUUAUAGACUGCUGGAAGAGGUAUCUACCAUGCUUGGCAGUAAGCUGAAACCAGAUAUUAAACACAAAGUUCUGGGUGAAGCAUCGAUUCGUGAGGUAUUUUCUAUCUCCACCAAAAAGUCAAAGCCACUGUUAAUUGCCGGUUGUAAAGUAACUAACGGUAUCUUAACACGUAAAUCACCUGUCAAGGUAUUACGUAAUGGCAAAGUCGUCUAUACUGGUGCUUUCACAUCAAUGAAACAUCACAAAGAUGAAGUAAAAGAGGCAAAGAAGGACUCCGAAUGCGGUAUUUCCUUUGAAAACUGGGACGAUUUCAAAGAAGGCGAUUCCAUUCAGACUUUUGAAGAAAUCAUUGUGCCUAGACAUUUAUAA